CGCUUGAAGUAAACAAUGUGAAAUAUUGUUGUGUUCCACUUUGUGGUGGUUUUGGGGGUCACAAGUUUCCCACAGAUCAGGAAUUACUCUUGAAAUGGAGGGUAGCGAUCAAACGGAUGGAUAGGAAAACAAAAAAAUUAUGGAACCCAGGAAAAGAAGACGUUGUUUGCCAUAUACACUUCACAGAAGAUGACUACAAAAUCACCGAAUCAGGUGAACGAAGACGACUUAAGUAUGGAGCUGCGCCCUCUGUUUUUGACUUCAAGAAUACCAGUACUACCCAGGAAUCUGACAGAGCUAAGCGAAAGAGGCUGCGAGAGUCUACUCAAGAUACAUGUACUCCAAUGAUUGAAGACCUGCCCAUAUAUAUGGAUGAAUUGAUUGUACAUCACAAAGUUGUCGUAGAUCAGUCAUCUACAAGUAUGUCCACAUCCAUGCCAGAAGAAAUGUGUUCAACAGCUGAGAAAGAAAUCCAGUGUGACAUACCUACCUUAGGUAGAUUUUCAAUUGAAGGUAUGAAACUGGACACUAAGAUGCUUUCUUAUUACACUGGUUUGAAUGGCUAUGAUCAUUUCAUGCUUCUCUUUAAUAUUCUUGGGCCAGCAGCUUUUGACUUGAAUUACAAAUGUGGCUUAUUAAGUCCACAAGAUCAGUUGUUUUUAACUCUGAUGAAACUCAGACAAGCAAAAGAAGAUGUGGAACUUGCUAUGCUCUUUAAAGUCUGUGAAUCUACUGUUUCUAAAAUUGUAACAACUUGGAUUAACUUUUUGUAUUUUCAAUUAAAAGAGUUAGAGGAACAAUUCUGGCCUUCUAAAGACAUCAUUAAAGAACAUAUGCCAACAGAUUUUGCUAAAAAGUUUCCCAAUACAUGCGUAAUUUUAGAUGCAACCGAGCAACCAAUUCACAAACCAUCAAAUGUUGAGGCACAAUCCAAAACAUGGUCUUCUUAUAAACACAAAAACACGUUGUAAAUCCAAAUGGAGCAGUAUCUUAUGUAUCCUCUACUUAUGGGGGCUCUGUGUCUGACAGACAAAUCAUUGAACACUCUACUCUGCUAGAUGUAGGCAAAUUUGAUGCUGGUGACAGCAUUAUGGCAGAUCGGGGAAUUCUUGUUCAAGAUUUAUUUGAGAAUCAGAAUGUUUUUAUUAAUACACCUACGUUUCUCAAGGGCAAAAGCCAACUUGACCCCGAAGAAAUAGUUAGAGAUAGGCGAGUUGCCUCAAAACGUAUUCAUGUAGAGAGGGUGAUUGGGCUUGCAAAGAGGUUCAAAAUUUUGAAACAUGAGCUACCAAUGUCAAAAAUCCCCCUAGCUUCCAGAAUUGUGUACAUUUGUUUUAUGUUGUCAAAUUUUAGGAAUUGCAUUGUUGAUAAAAGUGCUUAAACAUGUGCCAGUAGUAUAUCAAAAUGUACAUGCAUACAUGUCUAAGUUUAAUAAAUGUAUGCCCUGCACAUACAGUGAAUCCCUUGAGAGUUGUGUUCAUAUUUCUGCUUACAAGUUUUAAAUGUAUCGUACAUUUUUUGUAUCCUUUAUGCAACAUGUGCUGUCAAUAUUCAAAGGGAUACAUCAUACAAGGAUCUUGGUAGACAUAUCAACUUUUAAGUGUAAAAGCUAUUUACCUUGAAAGGGUCAAAGUACAAUAUCUUUUUUUAAAAAUCAAUUUAAAAAGUUUAACACUUUAUAUAACCAACAUCUAUGCAUUGUUACAUGUAUAUUGUCAAUACAGAAAAUUUCAUAUCAUGGAUAUGCAAUGUAUUUCAUCUGAAAUUGAUUGGCAUUCUGGGCAGAAAC